AUGGGAAGCAUCUCACUCGUAGACCAGAACCUCACAAGCUCACCGUCCUCAUCGCCCGGCGAUUCACCCCUCAAGGCGUCUCCUUGCUCACCCGGCAAAUUUAUCCAUGAAACAGAGAUGCCUCUUUCAGUUCUGUCAGACGUUCCCAUAGGCGCCGCUACCGUACUAUCUCCCGUCGCAGAAGAGGCGGAGAGCCCGCUGAAGAAGCCCCCGCUCGACCUUGCCGAAGAUGACGGCGAUACCUCGUCAAUGCUAGCUGAAAUGUCGCAUGCCACGGCCGAGGCAAGUGCCAUCAAUGCCUCGAGCAAGAUCAGCUCCGAUCACUCCAGGAUAACGCCUCUGUCACCUCAGACGAUGCCCUCGUCGCCUGGACACGAAGUGAAGAAGAAAUCGUCUACGCGCCAUCUCAAGCGCAUCUCAUCAACCCUCUCACCGUUUCGUAAGUCGCCCAAACAGAGUCAGGAUUGCGAGGACAGCUUCUUGCUCGAAUCGCCAGCUAUUUCGCCUUCAAAACUAUCUCCCCAUAAAUCCAGUGAUCCAGGCAGCGGCCACCUUACAACGAAGAAAACGGCCUUGGCGAGCGCCGUUGCCGCUCUCGCACACGCAGCCACGCAUGUCACUCGCGGUACCGUCGGCGUUCCGCAUGAGUCGCAGUCGAAAGACCUGGCAGAUAUGCUGACGAAACCUGCUCAGUCCGUGCUUUCGUCAAAAGACCCCGGCGAAGACAGCGCAAGCACGGGGAGCAUGUCGCUGACAUCCACUCACAUUAACGAGGCACCUUCGUGUGGGUCUACGGAAGAGAACACAUCGGGUCUGGAACUGACAGAAGCGGCAUCGCUGGCCUACGAUGCCGAGAUCUGCCGCGAAGCAGAGACUGAGACUAAGCUUCCGUUCAACAAAGGCAAACAGGUUGAUGGCGCAAAUCGCAAGCCGAUGACACUUUCGCUUGGAUCUCUCGAGGGCACUCGCUUUGGUUCCUCCAGGUCACCAAUCGCAAUGUCGUCACCCAUGCCUGGCUUGGCAGCAGAUCACGUUCCGCGCAAUCCAAUGGAGGAUGAACAGCUCGAAGUUCGUGCGAGAGCAGACAAUGGCUACAGCGCACUGAUCAAGCCCUCAGCCGAGCCACAGCGCAUCCUGAUGGCCCGCUUGAGGGCCUUUAUCUUGGGCUACGUAUUGCCUUAUAAGAUUGCGCUUGUCAUGCAAGAGCUUCUGACGCACGGCACUUUCACGCGACAGCCCGCUCUCGGUAUGACGGCAGACAAGAUCAACUGGCCUCUCCUGUCGAUUCUACUGCUUUUGAUCUGCAACUGGCGCACUUUGCCGUUUGUCUGGCACAUCCGUCUCUGGAGUCUCGUGCCUCGGUAUUACUUUGCUCGUACGCUCGAGAUCCUCUAUGCACAGUCAUACUACGGUUCCAAAAACGAGAUUGAGAUUUUACCCAAGCUACUCAACACGACCAUCCAAGCGUCACCUUUCAAACAUCAAGUCUCCACGGUCUUCGGCUCGACCUACGAGGACUGCGACUACCAUCUUCAUCUGUCCAAUAGCGCCUUCUCGUACAGACUGGACGAGGCUCGCAUGGCCUGGUAUCUUCACUCGGUCUUCUUCGCCACCGAUCAGCUCAAGAAUCUCUACAUGGCUCUCGGCGGCGUCAGCUACACGUUCAAGCGCGAAGUACCCAUGCUCACCGAGUAUACCAUCGACGUUGGUAUCGAGACAUGGGACCAGAAAUGGGCAAGUUGCAUGUACAUCUAUCUCUGGGCCAAAUGGACCACAGAGACACCCAAAGGAACUGUCACGCAUUGCGAAGCAAUCUGUCGCUGCACCUUCAAGAUCAGAGCGGAUCCACUGCGUCGUUCGGUACCACCUGGACGUGUGCUCUCGCUCGCUGGAUUUGGACCGACGCUGGUCAACUGGAAGCAAGCUCGCGUGAUCCGCGCAUCUGGCGGUCAUCAGGCUGCUCUCGACUGGCUUCUCAAAGGUCGAGAGGAGAAGGGCACCGACGGCAUGGACGUCUUUGAGCCCGAGCGCAUCCGUCGCCUGCUCGAGCUUGCUCCGGGCAGCGAUCUUCAGGCCGUCAAAGCUAUCAUCAGCUAA